UGACACUUUUUGACUAAUUUUUCUUCUAUCUAUUCCAGGAGGAUCUGAAGAAAUUCAAAAAUAUUUCAAGUUGGAGGAGGAGAAAACUGUCCCAGGAAGAUAAGAAAACAAGACAAAAUAACAAAAUGUAUCUCUCCGAGCAGAAUGCUGGAAUAUUGCAUUUGAUUGGCUAGUCACAGUACAAUGCAACAUUUGAUUGGCUAAUUCCAGUAUACCAUAGCAUUUGAUUGGCUGGUCAUAGCAACAUAUAUAACUUUUGAUUGGCUAAUCCAAGAAAAGAAAAAAAAAGUAAUAAUGACAUUAGUUUAAAAGAAUCAUAUUUUUGUAAUCCAAUUGAAUUUAGGAGGCUUUUACCAAAAAUACCGAAGACAAACCUUAAAUUUCUCUACAGAUAUCUCUAUAUAUAUAUGUGUGUGUGUGUGUAUAUAUAUACGUAUUUAUAUGGAGACCUAGUAAUUGGGAAGAAUGGCAAGCCAAAAGACUUAGUAUUUUGAGAACCUGAAGAAUUAUCUUAAUAAUAACCUUUCUUCUUUAAACAACCUUGAAGUCUGAUUGAGUUCAUACCAACGGCUGCCAGAUGUGUAUGUACCCAUUGGUGAGAUUUGCUGCCAUUUCAAAAUACAGCACUGCGAGUCUGCUGUGGAACUGUAGAAGUUUGGUUUGUAACGGACAAAAUGUCAACAGAGAAAUAAGAUAUUUGUGAAACAUGUCAGGUGUGUUCUGACUGGAACUGACUGGUCCAAACCAGUUUGAUAGUUGUUGUUUUUUUUUUUGCCAUUAUUUUUUUGAAAACUACAAAAUUAAUAACAGAAAAUAUUUAAGAUAUUCACAAGAAAUAUCUAUCCUUCAGUAGAAGUUUCUGGAAUAAUUUUUAAGAAAAAUACAAAAAGAUAUUUUAAAACUGGAGAAAUUGAAUGACAAUGGAGUAAACCCAUAUGAGAAAGGCUUAUUUUUGUUGUAGUUACAUAUAUACAUACAUAUCUAUUACAUAUAUAUACAUACAUGCAUGUGUGUGUAUGUAUAUAUAUUUAUAUAUAUAUAUAUAUAUAUUUGGAAAGAAACAAAAAUGAUUUUAAGACCAUUCUUACAUUUUAUGGAAUGUGACUUUGUUAAAGAAAUUCUUUGGAAUUAUAUUUUCAGUAUAUCAUAAUUCUUUGGUUGUGCUGAGAAAAGAAAGAGCAAAAAUAUAGAGAGAGAGAGAGAAAAAAAAAAAGAAGAUAAAAAAAAAAACAAAGAAGAACAGUUUUGAAAAAACAGAAACAUAAUUAAAUGUGAAGACAGAAAUUAUUAUAUGAAAAAAAUAAGUCAAUUAAGGAAACUAACAAAUGAAGGAUUAACGAGGAAACGCUGUUUGAAGAAGGCCAUUUGGUGAAGGAUCGUUUGACAUCGGCAUUACAAUGUUUUCUGUGCAUUCCCUGUAUGGUAACAUGGGAAAUGACUUCAACUUGGAAUUCAGCAUCGAUAGCAGCCGUUUGAUAUGCGAUCAGCCUGUCUUCCCUCAGAAUGAACUCUACCACCAGCAGCUGCAGCAGACGGGCAGUUUCUGCAGCGGUGGGAGCAACGGCGGCACCGUGAAACCGAAGGAAGAGAAAUCAGUGUUUCCCAUCGCGAACGACGGCUACACGAUUAGCCAUAGCCUCGCUGGUAAAAGCCUCGUUAGCAACGACAGCCAUCAUAAUGAGAAGCCGAGCAAAAGCAGCAACAGUGCCGGCAACAACAACAACAACAGCCACCACCACCACCACCACCACAACAACAACAACAAUGUCAACCACGUUAACCACAUCGCUGUCAGCUCUACCACCACCACCACUGCUAAUGUUACAACUACAACUGCAGCUACUACAAACAGUUCUGCUAUUACUACUACUACUACUAUUACUUCUACUUCUACUACAUCUUCUACUACUACUACUAGUACUACCACUAUUUCUAGUGACUGUGUCGAUGGUAUGGGUUUAGGCCCGGACGACAGUAAGGACAGAAGCUGUUUCCUGAACGUUGGUAAUAAUGUCGACGAGGAUUCGUUGUGCGAUGAGGCCAGCAUGAAUGGCCUUGGUGCGGUCAGAGAGAGUUGGCUGGACAAGGACAACCACUUGAACAACAACAAUCACCUGAACUGUAACAAUAACAUUACGAACAGCUGGAUAGGUUGUGAUUUGAAAGAGAGAAUAGCCAUGGGCUGGAUGAGUGGUAGUGUGAGUAGCAGUGAUAGUAUUGGUGGUGGUGGUGGUGGUGGUGGUGGUGGUGGUCAGACAGUCGUGAAAACCGAAAGGACAGACUCGAAAGCCUUCAAGUGCCAUCUCUGCCGUAAAGCAUUCUCGCGACGUGCCAACCUGCGCAACCACGAGCGUGCGCACUGGAACGGCAAACAGCACUCGUGUCUUCAUUGUGGCAAGCUCUUCUCACACCGUGCACACCUGGUCAUCCACGAGCGAACUCACACUGGAGAGAAGCCAUUCCUUUGCCCUGUGUGUCCGAAGCAUUUUGCACAGAAGGUGCACCUUCAGAAUCAUGCGAGGACCCACACGGGCGAGAAACCUUACCGUUGCCGAUACUGUACGAAAGCAUUUGCUCAGAGGGACCACUUAAACAACCAUGAACGUAUCCAUACCGGGGAGAAACCAUUUACGUGUUUGAGGUGUUCAAAAUCAUUUACCCAACGUGGACACUUAAAGAACCACCAAAGAACGCACACGGGGGAGGCGCCCUACAAGUGCAGCUUGUGUUCAAAGGCGUUUGCACAGCGAUCACACCUGAACAACCAUGAGCGCACGCACAACGGUGGCGCUCACAGUCUUCAUAGUAACAUAAGCAACAGCAGCAAUAGUAACGACAGUUGCAGUGACGGACGAUCGCACAUGAAUGAUUCCGAACAUCUCCACAACAACAACAACAACAACACCACCACCAACUCUCCCGUUUCGAUGUAUAACCGAUGCUGCAGUGCAGCGAGUUGCACUUGCAGCUGUGGUGUGUGUGAGAGGUGUCGUGGUGUGCAGUUAGGGAUUAAAGUUGAGGAGGACAGCAAUGAUGGAAUAGCAGAGUGCAGUAGCAGAUGCGACUGCAGCAACAGCAGUGGCAGCUGCAGCAGCACGAGCUGUACCAGCAGCAACAGCUGCACCAGCAACAGCUGCAGCAGCAGCAACAAUAGUUGCACCAGCAGCAACAGUUGUACAAGCAACAGCUGUAAUAGUAACAGCUGCAGUUGCCCCAGUUGUCAGGGGCAACCGCACCACAAUCACCACCUGAACAGUAACAACAACAACAACAACAGCAACAAUCAUCACCCCCAUCACAAUCAUCAUCAUCAGUGCAGUAACCACAGCUCGGGACAGCAUCAUCAUCACCACCACCAUCACCACCACCACCACCACAGGCAUCACUUGCACAACCUCACGCAGAACUCGCUGACGUCGUUGCAGCUGGUCUCGCCCUCCACGUCGCUCUCGACGCCGCUGCUGUCGUCAUCGUUGUCGUCAUCGUUGUCGUCGUCGUCGUGUGGAGUCACAGACGGAGGUGGCGGGGGAGGGCUGAUGGGGUUCGGCGCCGACAUCUGCAAGAAAGAAUUCUGUUUCCAGUCAUCAGACAACCUGUUCCCUAAGAAACAGGAACCAAUCCUUCCCACCGACAUGAAGAUGUUGACCUACGACAUCUGUAAGAAGGUCCUCUCCCAGAAGACCACCCUGAAGAAGUGUAAACACACGAGCACGGGGGAGGUGCUUUACAGUGCCCUAAAUCUCCUCUCUGGGUAUAACCACUAAUGUGAAAGGGGGCUGGGACAACCCUAUAAACAGCCUGUGUCACACCCUGUCACACCAUGAUACAACACUACGUUACACUGUGUCCUGUGACACGACAUCCCAUGCUGCCCCACAGCUCACCACCUUUUGGUAAAUGAAAGUACCUCAGUGUGGUGACUCAACCUGCUAAAAAUAGCAGUAGAUCCUUCCUCAAAUCACACUCAUUUUAUAAAAAGAAAACAGCAAAAAAAUAAUCAGAGGAAGGAAGGACAUAUUGACUGAUGUAGUCCUAGAUAGACUGUGUUAAAAAGAAAAAAAAUGACGAAGAAUGUUGUGGUUGAAAGG